AUGGCGGGACCAGGUGGUGGACCUCCACGCAAGAGUCAUACCAAGUCCAGGAACGGUUGUAGGACAUGCAAGAAAAGGCAUAUUCGAUGUGACGAGACCUUCCCUCAAUGCCGAAAUUGCACCAAGCACAACUGUCGAUGUGACUAUAUGGAUGUGGCAGCCGCCAGAGAAGACGCGAACCGGAGUCCUGGAACGCCUAAUCUAAUGAUGACUCCAGAAAUUGAGAUGGAAAUCGAGAACUGGCGCCGGACCGGCAUCCCUCCAUUUCCCGAGUUGUCCCAAUGCCCUCAAAACAACUGGUACCAGUUCUCUCGGACUGAUCUUCGUCUCAUCCAUCACAUUGCCGGACUCUCCAUCGACUUUCACCGCCGAGGUUUGAAUAACAGCACCAUUUGGGCCCCUAAAAUGCCAUGCUUCCUCGCCAUCGCUAUGUCGAGUCAUUUUGUGAUGAGUUCGAUUCUGGCAUUUUCAGCAUGUCAUCUAGCGUACAUGACUGGAAGCAAAGAGACGGAGAAUUUGUUCUAUCAUCAUCGAGUGGUGGCAAUUAAGGGCUUGCAGAAGGCAAUUAGCUCAUUCUCCAAAGAAAACUGCGAUGCGAUUCUGGCUGCGUCAAUGCUGUUGUCCUGGCAAACUACGGAGUGGUUAGUACAUAUGACCUCCGAAGUGAAAGGCCAUCCUAUUUUAACGCACGCAUCAGGAGGUCGUGGGCAUCUCUACAGAAAGGUCUCUCAUCGGUCCUGGACGCAAUGCACCCUUCUUGGAAGGAAGCGUCCGAACUUGCACACUUUCUGGGGGGGUCAAAGAGCCUUUCGCACUCUGGGAGUUGCAAUGACUCCAGGAUACCUUGGGACCGCUAGUCGGUUUCAAGAUAAUCUAGAAAGAAUUGACGGUGCCCUUGCAGACCUUCACACUACCUGGGAACGCGUUCAACACAAUGGGGAAUAUUCAAGCAAAAUUACGGAUCUUCUGGGUUUCGUUCAGAAGUUGCGCAACGAUUUGCCGAUCGAGUCACCGGAAAAGGCCUUUGAGAGACUGCAGCCCCUGCGAAUGUGGCUGUUCUGGCUACCAACCAAGAUGCUUCGUGGUGGAGAGGCCGAUAUUUCUGCGUUGGCCGUCUUGGCCCAGUUCUUUGGAACGGCCUUGGUCCUUGAACCCAUCUUCCCGGAGAUUGAAGGCUCAUAUCUUGGUUCCAUGGCCGUUGCUCCUCUUGAGGACAUCGACAGAAUUGUUUUGUCAAGGAAUGCAACACAUCCUUACGUACCUGAAGUCCAAUUGGCCGCCAGUAUCAUGGACUUCCCUCGCCGUGUCCUCGCCGAUUACAAAAGUCGUGUUCAGUGGGGCCAACAAUUUCGACCGAUGGAUCACUUGAUUGCAACUCCACCAAGCCCAUAUCAUGGCUUUACCGAUAUACCUUUUGCCACUUCUUCACCGUCUACAACCUCCUCCACCUAUACGGCGUACACAUCCUCCAUUCACUCACCCCCGGUACUCGCCACCCCGGACUCGCCUUUCCAGCCGCCAAACCUCUAUGCUCAUCGUCCCAGCUUCUCUCAUUUAUAUGCCAGUUCUCCCUUACCCUCGGAUCAUGGGGACGAUGCAGCCAGCCUAUCCGACUACAGCCAACCUGGAACUCUUGCACAUUCGCCCGCUUUUUCGGCACCAUAUGUAGAUGAUUUGCCUGGCGGAGGUUUUACCGGGCCGGAUGGGUCAGCUGGACUGGGCAUGGGCCUCCUGCAUGAGUCACCCAUGAUGCCUCAAGGGUCGGUUGCUCCUGAACUCUGGACAUGA